AUGGGCCCGCUGGUCGUAAUUGUUGUGCAGUGCUGGUGCUUGUUCGGCGGUGCCAUCUCGCAGGCGAUCGACGUGUACGAGUCGCUGCUGGAGCGGGUGGGCGGCCGCGGCCAGCUGCCGCUGCUGGUGCACCACUUCCUGGCGCAGGUGGCCGCCGUGUUCCGGCACCCGUCGCUCGGCCUGACGGUGACACUCUCCUUCCCCGAGGUGGAGCUCUGGAGGGAGCGGCCGCCCGCCGCUCGCGGUGCCGCUAACUCCACCCUGGAUCGGUUCUGUGAGCUGCACGCCGGCGUCCAGCAGCGCGCAGGCCACCGCUGGGACGUCGGGAUGCUGCUGGUCGGCGGACCACUGGGCGUGCCACAGCGCAGUGCGCUGGGCGUGGCGCGGCUGGGGACCGUUUGCGGGGAGGUUGCGGACGGCGCGCACUCCGGCUGCGCGGCCGUCCAGUUCGGCGCCGUGGCGGGCCGAGAGGACGCGCUGCCCACACACGGACUGGGCCUGGCUGCGCUCACUGCCGCACACGAGCUGGGACACACGCUCGGGCUGUAUCACGACGGUGACGGAGACGACUGUCCCGACAGCGGGUUCGUCAUGGCCUCCGGGCUGGACAGCCGACGGCCGGGCGUGCAGUGGUCGGCCUGCAGCGCGGCGGCCGCUCGUCGGCUCUGGCCCGGCUGUCUGCGGGAGGCCGGCGCGCCGCCGCCACCGCCGCCGCCGUCCCUGCCCUCCCUGGAUGGCCAGUGUCAGCUUCAGCUGGGCGACCCCCUGGCCACCUCCGGCACCGACCCCGACCCCUGCCGGAGGCUGACCUGUCAGACGGCUGCCGUGCGCGCGAUCCGGGACUCGCUGCUCGACGCAGCCGAUCUGGAGCGGUACAGCGACCUGCUCAGUCCGGGCCCCGCUCUGGAGGGCUCGGUGUGUGGGUCGCGCAGCGUCUGUCGCGCCGGCCGGUGCGCGCCCUGCGUCGGGCCCUGCGCCGCGCAGGAGGGCAGCUGGUCCGGCUGGGAGCCGCUCGGCGGCUGCCUGUCGCCCUGCUACCCCGGCUCUCUGGGUGUGCAGACCUUCACCCGGCGCUGUGUGGGUGCCGAUCCGUCCCGAGCUGCCCACUGCGCGGCCGGCCCGACUGUGCGCCGGGUGCUGUGUGCGCCGCGCUGCCCGCGCCUCCGCCACUGGGUGUGGGACGCGCGCCGCGUCUGCCGGCGGUCGGACCCGGCUGCCGAGCCGCUGAGGGUGCGGCACGAUGCGGCGCGGCCGGCCGCCGCCUGCGCCGUGCGCUGCAGGAAGGACGCAGACGGCGGGCAGCUCUUCUGGUGGCCGACCGAGGUGUUCUUCGGAACGGAUGCUAGCGGCGACGGGCCGUUCCUACCGGACGGGACGCUCUGCCACCGUGACGACGGGGUGAACUUUUACUGUGUCGAGCACCGCUGCACUCCUCAGACGGAGGCAUUGUACUUGUAG